UGUCAAACACUUGUCAUACAACAAAAUAUUUUUUUAUACUUUUUCAUGCACAAAAAGAAAAUUAACAACAAGAAAUAUGUCCGAUACGCCACACGAACGCAACUCAAACUCAAAAACAAAUCUAAUAGAGGUGCAACAUGUUGGCGUCACAGCCAAACUGUCGUCGCCGCUCAAAAAUCUGCUGCAAUCAUCACUUUCUUCAACGGAGACGGAAAAUGGUCAGCUACCCUAUCAUGAUCAUCAUGGCAACAAGCUUAAGUACAAUAAAUUCUCCAACGACACACAAGCUGAAACGGAAACAACUACCGAUAAUCCAUCCAAAUUACUCUACGAGAUGCAUGCCGUACCAGAGGUUUCCACACGCCAGCCGGGCAAACGCCACCCAACGCCUUCCAAAAUCGAAUUUCAACUAUAUAAAACGGCUACGAGACGUGUACCGCACCGCUCAAAAAGCACACCCGCAACUAUGCUGAAAUGCAGCGUUAAGAAAAGUAAACGCAAACUUUUUGCGGACCAUAAAGGCGCCAGCAAAAAGCCCACGAACCAUUGCACAUGUCGCGCACACCACGGCAAUACCGAUAAUACGAUUUUUCAACGUUUAAGACAUUCUCUUGACAAUAUGCGUGCUGCACGACCGCAUAUUACAAAACCCAAAACAGCCAAUUGUGGCAACAUAUUUGACGAUUUUCCCGAGCCUGUCGCGCCACAGCAACGUAAGAGUAAGGAGGAUUUCAAGCAGCAGCACCAAGAAAGAAAUGUCACACCGCCACCAACGCGCAUCGGCAUCUAUCCUUUCGAGCAUGGUUGUGCUGAAUAUUUGCGUACCACUGAUUGUCAUCCACAACUGUUGUCCGUUGUGCUAGCUGAACGUGCCACCUACUAUGCCACACGUUUCUGGGCUGAGUUCUUUGGCAGUUUGCAUAUUGGUGUUACUUUCAUCGUCACUUUUCUGCUACAAGCGUACCGUUUCAUACUCGUCUCGCUGAUAAAUACAUUAGCGGUAGGCUUUCUACACAUGACUUCCGAUUAUUUAAUUAAACCAAUAUUAACGGUGAUCUUCAAUGGCUUUCUACAACCACCAUUUAUACUCAUCUACAAUAUUCUGACUUCCAUGCGUGAUAUUCUGGCGCCUGUUGCUGAAACAAUAAAUAAUUUUAUGCGCCCUGUAGCGACAGUGGGCCGUAGUAUACGUCUAGUGCAUGUGAGCUAUAACAAUAAGAAGUUGGUGAAGGAUGUUUGAUGGCCAGUUCGAUUUGUGUUUGUUUUUCAAUACAUUUUUUAUGUCUGAUAUUAGUUGAAUUGUUACAUAUAUAUUAAUUACAAUAUUUAUUUUAGAAACAUAUACUAUAAGUGUUGAGUUUCAAAAUUCUUUAAAUAUUUUUGGCAUGUUAUGGUGAAUAUUGGACUACUAUACUAUAUAUAUGUAGCAUAUAACUGCCUUACAAACUAGCCCAUCAAAAUCGAUAUAAAAAGCUUUUUAUAAUAUUUGAAGAUAUAAGCAAACCAACUGUGAAGGGUAUAUAGCUUCAGUGCAGCCGAAGUUAUGGUUUUGUCUUAUUUUUCCAAAAGUAUACUUUGAACCUUUGUUGGAAGCUAAUUUUAAUAGUUUCGAUAAGUUUCCGAUAAACAAAUAAAUGUUAUCGAAAUGACUUGAGUGAGGUGAAUAGC